GUUCGAAAGCAGUGGCGUCAACGAGCUGGCUUGGUUGCUACGAUACCGUUGUCAGGGCGCUGAGCGGAGCUCCGAGGGAACCCGUUCGCUUAACCGUCUCCCCGCCCCAGUUCGGGGCUUGAGCGAGAGAAAGAGAGAAAGUCCGGACAUUGCCUGGACUGAACCACUUUUAAAAAGCAUACCAGGUCGACUGGAAGAAUAUUAUACUUCUUUCCUACUGGCAGACCAGUAUAUAGCAAAUCCAGCUGGGGUAGCAAGAUUCUGUGCCACAGCAUGUAAACUGAGAUGGGAGCAGUUGAAUAAUUAUAACUGAGAACUCUAAAGAAGAGUUAGGAAAAGGAGAAAAAAAUGGCAAGUAAUCACAAGCCUCCUACAGCGCGUCCUUCUUCAAGAGGAGGAAUAGGACUAGCAGCCCGGCCUUCUUCAUCCUCAUUACGGCCUCCAUCUACAACUUUACUCGGAGGAGGAGGAGGUAUCCCUCCAAGCUCAUCAAGAUCUGGUACACAUGGUGGACCUAUAGGUACUGGAGUGGUGUUGUCCUCCCAGAUAAAAGUUGCAGAUCGUCCAGUGACACAACAAGGGCUGAGUGGAAUGAAAACCAGAAUGAAAGGCCCACAGAGACAAAUUAUGGAUAAAUCGUAUUACAUUGGAGUACUAAGAGGCAAAAUAAAUGAGCUCACCACAGAAAUUAACAAGCUUCAGAAAGAAAUAGAUAUGUAUAACCAGGAGAAUUCUGUUUAUCUUUCAUAUGAAAAGAGGGCAGAGUCUUUAGCUGGUGAGAUCAAAGAGUUUCAAGGACAACUAGCAGAUUACAAUAUGCUAGUGGAUAAACUUAACACCAACACUGAUAUGGAGGAAGUGAUGAGUGACUAUAACCUGUUGAAAGCUCAAAACGAUCGUGAAGCUCAGAGCAUAGACAUCAUUUUUACAGAAAGACAGGCCAAAGAAAAGCUAAUUCAAGCUGUGGAGGAUGAAAUUCAGCAGGAAAAGCAGGCAGCAGAAGACAUCAUCAAAAAUAUGUCUGAAGAGGAUCAAACUAAAUACAUGGAGACAAAAAUGGCAAAUGAAAAGCUCUUGCAGGAAUUAUGUGCUUUACAACAAGAACUGGAUGCUGUGAACAUGAAAGAACAAGCUCUAGAAAGCGAAAUAGCACACUCCCAAGUUAAACAGGAGGCACUACAACUGUAUGAAAAGCUGCAUCGUCUUGAGGAACAUCGGGAUCAAAUGAUUGCAGAGGACAAAAAUAUGGGAUCUCCCCAGGAGGAGAGGGAGAGAUUAUUAAAACAGGUUAAAGAAGACAAUCAAGAAAUAGCAGGCAUGGAAAGACAACUGACCGAUAUAAAAGAAAAGAUCAACCAUCUUAAUGAAGGAAUACGGCAGCUUGACAUGGAUCUAGAGGAACAUCAAGGUGAAAAAAAUAUGAAAUACAAGGAGCUGAAGAAGAGAGAAGAAAGCAUAGAUGACUUUCUUGAAUCUUUUGAAGAGUCGAAAAUCCAGGAACUGGAACGGAAAGCGCUGAUAGAAGCCAAUAUUGUGGCAUUUUUAGAGCACUCAAGCAGGGAUGUAAAUCGUAUGAAGCAGAUAUCUUCUGUAACAAAUCAAGAGUUGAAGAUCCUGCAGGAAGAUCUCACUUUCAAAUCGAGCGAAAUGCAGAAAUCACAAAGCACUGCUAAAAACCUGGGUACAGAUAGUCAACGUCUACGAAUGGACCUGCAGAAGAUGGAUCUAUUGGAAGGCAAAAUGUGUGAUGAAUUGGCUUCUCUCAAAGAAAAAAUUGAACAAAUGACCAAGGACUUGGAACUGUACAAUAAUGUGCCAGCUUUGAAAACAGCAGGAGAAGAAAAGAAAAAGAAACUGCAAGAAGAGAAAGAAACAUUAUCAAAGCGCAGAAAUGCCUUCAAGAAAAUGAUGGAACAUCUGAAUAAAGAAUAUGAAGACCUGAAGUUGCAGCUGCAAGAGAAUGAGACACAUUCACAGCUUACGAAUUUGGAAAGGAAGUGGCAACACCAUGAACAAAAUAACUUUGUGAUGAAAGAAUUUAUAGCAACAAAAACUCAAGAGAGUGAUUACCGGCCCAUAAUGAAGAAUGUGACUAAGCAGAUUGGAGAGUAUAACAAAACUCUCAUAGAAGCUUUACAGAACAGCAGGAACUGAACCUAGGUAGUUCCUAUGUGUGUCAAUCGAUGAAUGAGAAGACAUCUAUAUAAAGUGCAUUAAUAGUCUCAGGAAUAUUCUUGAAAUUUCUACUACUCCCAUUGCACAGUAGCAGUUUUUAAGUGUGCCUUUUUCAUAUGUGCUAGUUAACAAAAAUUUGCUUCUUCAAAAUGAAUUUUACUUAAUUUAAUCCUGUGUUCCCAAACAAAUAUUUCAUUGAAGACACCUCUCCUUACAUUGUUUUGGUUUUGAUUAGUAAGUAAUGUGACUGAAUUUAAGCCAUUCUGAAAGACAGAAAUGUCUUACUACUACCCUCUUGUGUACUAUCCUCUAAUGAUAGUAUGCUAAGCUUCAUCUAUAAUUAUCUGAUUAGGCUUAUUAACUUCAGCAGAAGAGAAAGUGUUUAUCGAUGCAUGUGACCAUUUUAUCAACAUUCCAAAAUGGUGAGUGAGCAGGGGAGCAAAAAUGUAGGCGUAGUGUCAAAACAGUAAUAAAAUAAAGGAAUAUAAGAAAAAAAAUCCA